CCGCAGUCCCACCCGCUGCCUGCAUAGUUACCACGCUGCAUAAGUAGCUCCGGCUCUCCCUCGCUGCCUGUCGCUAGUACUCCCUGCAUCUGCUCUGAGUGAUUUGUGUGGGAUACCUCUCCGUGUGUGAAUUGUUUAGGACAAGUGGGAUAUCUGAGACAGCCUAGCAAAUAAUGAUAAAAAUAAAAAAUAAAAAAGGACGACGCUGCAUACUAACUAGACAGACGAACACGUCAGUAGAGUGGAAAUAUUUAGCAUGAACUACCUAUACAUCAUGCAAAAAACGGAAUCAUUUAUUCUGACCAUAAUUGGUUCCGAGGAGCCGCUGUCCUGAAAACCGUGAAUCGGAUUCAGUGGAAGUACCCGAAGCGCAUAAUAUAUGUACCUGGAAUUUCCUUCAACUAACACAAAAGAGUCCCCCAAACUGCUCCCCGCCCAGCUUCAGCCCCCCAACCUGAUUCCAGAAGGGAGUGGAGCUGAGAGCUGAUCAUGGAGCGGCGCGCCUGCAGGGGUCGCUGUACGUGAGGCCGCGUGACAGACGUCAUGGACACUGACAGCUACAGGCAGCUCCUGGAGACCAGCGACGGCCUGGUCGGCGUGGGGGAGCUGAAUGGCGCAGAGGACGCCGGCUCGGACUCUGGGUGGUACGUGCCCUAUUCCAUAGGUUUCCAAGCGUCCCUGACCAGCUUCCUCAUGCUUGAGCUGGUUCUAGGCUUCAGCAGUAACCUCACCGUCCUCGUGCUGUACUGCGCCCAGUCCAACCUGGUCGACUCGGUCAGCAACAUGGUGACGGUGAACCUGCACGUGCUGGACAUCAUCGUGUGCGUGCUCUGCCUGCCCUUCACCAUGGUCAUCAUCCUUCUGCCGCUGGACGGCAACCUGGCGCUGCUUUGCUGCUUCCACGAGGCCUGCGUCACCUUCACCAGCAUCGCCACCGCGGUCAACGUGCUGGUCAUCAGCGUGGACCGCUACGACAUCUCCGUGCGGCCGGCCACGCGUCUCCUGACUCCGCGCCGGGCCGCCCUGCUGCUGGCCGCCGUCUGGGCGGUGUCGCUGGCCGUCUUCUUCAUCCCCUUCCUGGAGGUGGAGUUCUUCUCUGGGACGGGCAGCGAGUCGAACGACCCCAGCCAGGACCCCCUGUGGCAGAACCGGACGCUGCUGUGCGUGGGAGGGGAGGGCUACCACACCAAGCUCGCCAUGUACUACCAUCUGCUGCUGCAGGUGCCCGUCUUCUUCACUGCCGUCCUGGUCAUGCUCUUCACCUAUUUCAAAAUCCUGCAGGCCCUCAGCAUCCGCAUCGGCUCGCACCUCAAGAGAAGCCAGCGCCGGAAGGACCCGUCCUGCAGGAGGCGCCGCAAGAAAAGAAAGGGGCCCAAGGAGGGUCAGGAUGGUGGGAGCUGCUCCAGUCAGACCAAAUACCUCUCACAGCCUCCCCUCAUACCCUCUCCCACGCCCACCCCCACCUCCCCCCCAGCGCUGUCCUCGGUACCACAGGCGGCCUCCGACAGCGGGGCAGCUCUCGUGCCCAGCCAGACGACGGUGGGCGUGCAGGCCUCAGUGUCGGCCAUCAUAGCCCUGCGGCGGGCUGUGCGGCGGCACCGCGACCGGCGGGAGCGCCAGCGACGCGUCUUCAAGAUGUCCCUGGUCAUCAUCUCGUCCUUCCUGCUCUGCUGGGCGCCCAUCUCUGUGGUGAACAUGCUGAUCCUCAGCCUGGGGCCCAGCGACCGGCUGGUGCGUGUGCGCCUCUGCUUCCUGGCCGUGGCCUACGCCACCACCAUCUUCCACCCCCUGCUCUACGCCUUUACGCGCCAGAAGCUGCGGCGUGCCUUCAGGACCAGAGUGAAGAAGCGGGUGGUGUCCCUGCUCCAGGUCGACCCGGCCCCCAGUGCCACCGUCAUAAGUAACUCGUGGGCGGUGCCACGCAAGUCAAACAAGCCGCGACAAGAAGGCAGCGACGCAACAAACCACUGCCUCACGGAGGCCAUACGGGAGUGAGCCUGUGUGUGUGUGUGUGUGUGUGUGGGGGUGUUACUCACACCAUUGCACGGAUAAUUAGGAGGCAUUACCUGUGCACAGGUGUGUUCAUUAGGCUUCCGCCUUCUCCGUGGCAUGUGUUUGUGUAGAUGGGUUACCACUGUCUCCAUGACAGCUCUCCCCAUGCGAUGUUGCGUCAUGCAGAGCAACAUAACCUUAAGGGUUAUUCACACUGGAUCGAGAGCAGUUCCCGUAAUAAUUUCUGUAAUCUAUGGAUCAGUCGAUCAGUAAAUCCAAAAAAGAAUUUUGAAUCUCACUUCCACCCUCUGUGUGGAGUUUGCAUGUUCUCCUGUUCUCCAUAUCCAGUUUCCCCUGAUAUUCUAAAGGCUUGUGGGCUAAUUGGCACCUCAAAAUGUCCCAUAGUGUGAUUGUGUGUGUGUUGGGGGGGGGGGGGGCUGAGGGACUGGCUUCCUGUCCAGGGUAUAUGCUGUCUGGGACUGACUCUAGCCUCCCCUGAAAACCUGUCUAGGAAAAGUGAUUGAAAGAUGGAUGGAUGGAUUGAUAGAUAAAUUGGAAAACUAGCCAUAUGUCAGAUUGGCUCAAACGCAGUGUUGUAAUUUGCCAAUUUGACCGACGUCAUACCAACAGAUUAAACGCACAUGACGGGGAAAGCCUUUCUGACAAAUGAUGUUCUUCAAGCAAAGGUCAUCGUAAUUUCAGCCCAGUAAAAGCAGUAGAGAACCUGUUGCUGUUCUCCUUCCGGCAGCUGAGAGUAUGUCCCUAAACUACAGCACGUGCGCUGGCACAUAACGAGUGACACUCAAGAGGGGCGUCAUCCGACUAUAUGAAGCAUCAUUGAAUCUUACUGGCAAAAUGGAUCCUAAAAAUUAGCAGAUUUGGCAUUUCUCAAGAGGAAUACCAAAGGUUCCCAAUGUAAUUAUUUAUUUAAAAAAAACAUUAUUAAUAAUUAACAAAUAACAUAAUAUUAGUAGUAAUACUACUUGUAGCAGUAGUAAUAGCUUACUAGUAGCAGUAGUGUCAAUGACUAUCACAGAAAGUGGACUCUGGAUAGUGUUUAAACCAGGGGUGUCAAACUCCAGUCCUGGGGGGCCGGAGCCCUGCACAUUUUUUGGUUUACCUUCAUUUAACACACCUGAUUCAGCUCCUUGUGCUAAUUACCACACAG